GUAACCCUAGAUGUGCAACACACGCAUGGCCGAAACCGAAACGGCACACAGUAUACAAACCCUACUCCGGUUCCGGUUCAUCGGAAAAGGAGAAAGCCGAGAAGAAGUGGCAGAGCUCUACGGCCAGAUCUCUGAACUGCGGCGGAGAAGUCGAUGGGGUCGAGCAACCGCCACCGGAAGAAGGGUGCGGCGGUGAAGAUGCCUAAACCGCUUUUAUCUCUACCGCCUCCUUCGCCUAUUGAAUCAAGCGUGGGAGGGACGGGGAAAUCGAAGAAGAAAAGGGGAGAAGCUUACCUGUGGAUGAGGUUUGAUCGGACUGGAGCCUCUCAAGUGGUGGGAUGUGACAAGAUCACCAUCAUCAAACGUGCUUCCGUGUCGCCUAAGGAUUUAAGAACUGCUUUCUCUCACUCGACUAAAAUUCUCGCGAGAGAGAAAGCUAUAAUCCUCAAUCUAGAGGUCAUAAAGGGAAUAGUUACCGCAGAUGAAGUUCUGUUGCUGGAUCCUCUCCGUCCUGAAGUUCUUACACUCAGUAACCGACUCAAGCAACACUUUCCUCAGAGGAACGGUCCAGAGCAAGCUUCUGCAACCGUACAAUCUUCUCUUGAUGAUCGAGAAGAUGAAGGGGGCUUAAAGAGUGAGCUUCCUUUUGAAGUUCAGGUCUCAGAGAUUGCACUCGAGGUCGUCUGCUCAUUUAUCGACAGCAAUGUGAUAGCUCUUGAGACACGAGCUUGGUCUAUUCUUGAUCAACUAACCAAGAAGGUUAGCAUCGAGGAUCUUCAAUCCCUACGAAGUUUAAAAAGUAAUCUCACCCACUUGCUAGCCCGUGUACAAAAGGUGAGAGAUGAAAUCGAACAAUACUUAGAUGACAAGGAUGACAUGGCAGACUUAUGCCUAACAAGGAAGCAGAUCCAGAACCUGCAGCAAGCAGAGGCAGCAUCAAAUAGCAUUGUCGCCCCAUCAAAUCUUCAACGCCUCACAUCAAACAAAAGUUCUGGCAUGGUAACUGACGAAGAUGACGCUGAUGAUGUGGAGAUGUUGCUGGAGGCAUACUUCAUACAAGUGGAGGGAAUGCGGAACAAAGUUCUAAUGGUGAAGGAGCACAUUGACGACACGGAAGACUACGUGAAAAUACUUCAGAAUAGUAACCGAAACGGACUGAUCAACCUAUUGCUGAUAGUGAAUAUAGCCAAUUUUGCAAUAACUGUAGGGACAUUGGUGGUCAACGUGUUCGGUAUGAACAUACCGAUUCCAUUGUAUGACACACCUAACGUCUUUGGUUACUUCGUGUGGGGUGUUGCUGCGCUUUGCAUUGUGCUUUUCAUGGCCAUCAUUGGUUACACCAAGUGGAAGAAGCUGCUCGACUGUUAAGACUCUAUACACAACGUCCAUUUUCUAAUCCUCUUUCGUGUUAUUUUUGUUUUCUUCUGGUUUUAAUAUGCUUUUUCUUAUGGUUUUAAUGGUACUUUAUCUUUAUGUUAUGGAUUAUUGAAUUAAUAGAUUACUC